AUGGGCAACGACGGCGGCUCCAUCGCCAAGCGGGACGAGCUCGUCCGCACCAAAGCCUCGCUCGAAAAAGUCGACCCCGAACUGCUGCGUCAAUCGCUCUGGACGAUCUGCUCUCUAUCCCGGCAGCCUCUGUCGCCCCCUGUAGCAUCCGACCCGCUCGGUCGGCUAUACAACAAAGAUGCCAUCGUUCAACACCUCCUUCUCCGCCAUUCCGAGGCUUCAUCCUCGAAGCUCGAUCCCAUUGCGCACAUUCGCGGUCUGCGGGACAUCACAGAUCUCACCCUGACACCCAACACACUUUACCGACCUGCAUCACCGACCACGGCGGCGAGCGACGAGCACUCCGUCUACCCCUUCAUGUGCCCCUUAUCGAGCAAGCAGAUGGAUGGCAAGCAGCGGUUUGUCUACAUCGUGGGUUGUGGGUGCGUCAUGAGCGCGACCGGGCUCAAAUCGACCAUUUCUGCGUCAGAGGAGGAGACGCCAUGUCCCGUCUGCAGCAAGCCUUUCAACGCCGCAGGACUGCUCAAGGGCAAACAAGAAGCAACAGGCAGCGUGGUGACCAUCAACCCCGCCAGGGAGGAGGAAGAGGACAUGCGAGAGGCGAUGGAGAAGGCGCGCGCGGAACAGGCGGCGAAGAAGAAGACAAAGGCAAGAACGGCAGAUCAGGCAGCGGAGAAGGGCACGGCUCAGGAUGAUGCGGAGAAGGCGGAGAGGAAGAGAAGGAAAGCGGAAAGGAAAGCGGAACAGAGCGCCAGGAUCGCUGCUCUCACGGCUGAGCUUGCUGCUGAGCAGGCGUGA